AUAAGUCGAUCUAGCCGGAUCCGGAGAACUUCAAAUCCAUUCCCAGUUGAAGUUCAAGUACUCUAUCGAGAGAACGUUGUGUACUUUUGUUGAUUUGAAGAUAACCCAACCGGGUAAUUUGUGCUCGCCGCUGGGCUUCUGCUCCUGCUCCUGCUCCUCCCCCGCCAGCUCAUUCUCAGUGUUACUGGUCCUGGUACUGGUACUGGUACUGGUCCUGUUACUGGUCCUGGUAAAUGGUGCUGGUUGCUGGUGCCGUUACUGGUCCUGCGAUGAAUCGCCACGAAGGCAUCGCCUGCAACGGUUGCGGCAAGGUGGCAUUCACCGGUCGGCUGUACCGCUGCCUGAGCUGUCGAGAUUUCGACAUUUGCGCGGACUGUUACGACAGUGACUUCACGACGGCCACCCAUCCGUUCGACCAUCCGGUGAAGUGCGUCUACACGCCGGCCGACGUGGAGCUGUACUUCGGCGGCGAGUACAUCAGCAGCGAUCCGCCGCAGAGCUACCGCUGUCCCUACUGCAAGCAGUGGGGCUUCAACGAGUCCACCUUCCUGGAGCACGUCUCGGCCCAGCAUGCCAACGCCAGUCCGCUGCUGGUCUCCACCAUGGUCACGCUCUUCGAGCAGCAGCAGGCGGCCCGUUUGUUUCUGGAGGACGAGCAGCUGGCCUCCUUUUCGGCGGCGGUCAGUUCGCGUAACCAGCAAAUGAGUCGCACCCACGGCUCCCUCGAUCUCUAUCUGGAGCCGCUGAAUCCGGACGGUAGCUAUAAAAGGGCAGGUCAGCCGGAGGUGUCGGUGGCCAAGGGCAACGAGGUGACCAGGGAGCGGGCCUAUCGACUGCGCCGAGGUGCCACAUCGGGGGCAGCAACCGGAUCGACGACAACGACAACGGCAGCUUCCAGAGCUCGAGCAGCUACGGCGGCUGGUGGAUCUGGCGGCUCUACCGCAUCGGCAGCCUCCUCCACUACCACCAACGUUUCCAACAGCCACAGAGGUAGCCGGAAUUCGGAAACGGCGGCUUCCACUCGUCGCCACGACCGGGUGCGCUUGAAUGUGCCACAGGUGGAGAGUUUCCGAUUCACCAUUGCAGAGGCGGGACGAGACCAUUUUAUGACGCCGCCGGGAGAUGUGUCCUUUGGUGCAACCAUACCCCCGACGGUGGCCUCCACGGGAGCCUCUACAAAUGCCGCAGCUCCUGGUCAACCACAGCCGCAACCGCAACAGCCACAACAGCAACCACAUCAACCGCAGCCACUGAUGGCCCAUCCCACCGUGAACGACAUGAUGCGGUACUAUGGCGGUGUGGUACCACUUGGCCAGGAGCCGUACCAUGGUCCUGCUAAUAGGGGCCACCGAUCCCGCUUGCGUACGGUUCCCUGGUUGGACGGCAGCGGCAGUCAGGUGGCGGCCUCCGGCGGCGGACGCAACAUCAACGUCUACGGACCUACUUCCCCCCUAGCCCACGGAUCCCACGUUCCCAGGUCCUAUCUUCUGCCGACGGACUCCCUUGUGCGAGAGCACCGCCAUCGGGCCACCAGGCUGUCCAACUAUCACCAGAACGCUCUAGCCGCAGCCGGCGGAGGAGGUGCGUUCCCGAUGGGCCAUCAGCGUUUAGGGCACUCGCGGGUUCUGUCCACGCGCACCGUGGACUUCAACGAGGUGCCGAUGGAGGAUGGCGACAUUAUGACUGUGAACGCAGCGGCCGCCGAGAAUCUGAUGCGCUGCUUCGAGGAGGAGCCUGCCUUGGCGGCUAAGAAGCGGGAUCAGGAGCGUCAGCGCUACUUGUGCUACCGCUUCCUAGCGCCCGCACCGUCUCGUCCGCCGGCGGAGGAGACCGCCUUCCUGGCCCAGCGCUCCGAGUUCGUGGCUCAGCUGCUGGCCUCCGCGCUCUGUGAGGAGGAUCUGCAGGCGAAUGUGGCGGUGGGCAAGCCCAUCGCAGUCCAUCCCAAGCUAAAGAGCCGACCCAGCUCCGACAUUGUGGGCGCCGGCGACGCCGAGAAGAUCUCCCCGAGGUGAUUCAUGCGAAUCGUUUUGUGUACUACCUACGACACUCUGCCCCCCAGGCAGCUCAUGUUUCUUGUACCUUUUGUAUCGGUUAAAUUUUCUGUUUAUAUGGAGAUAUCACUUUGGUAUUUUGGCCUCGUGCUGGAGGUCAGUAAAUUUGUCGCACUUUUGGAUUAA